AUGCGAGUCCUGCCGCAAGGGCCUGGGAGAGCCCGCCCGUCAUUCCUUCUUCUGCUUUUCUUGGUCAUUGCUUUCGCUGCGCAAGUGCACGCUCAAGUUCCUGCCGAUGAUACAUCAACGGAGACCGAUGCCGCCCAGACCACCGACGAUCCCUCCACACAAAGCACCUCUAGCGUGAGUGAGACCACUGCGACAACUUCUUCCUCGACAUCCACUUCCACGUCGAGCAGCACCAGCACCAGUACCACUACUAGUAGCUCCUCUUCCGAAAGUACUAGCAGAACCAUGGACACUACAACCAGCUCUUCGACCGAGACCUCGUCAACUACAACGUCCGACAGCAGCACAUCAACAUCAUCGGUCUCCACGACAACGACAUCAUCAACAACAUCUUCUUCCACAACCGAUGCCGCAAUCGUGACCGUACCCCCGAUCGCAAAUGCCCCGUACAUGCAAGAAAGCAGCGCUCCAGAAGGGACUGUCUUCAUCGCUGUCGGCGCCGCUCUAGGCCUCAUCGGCCUCACCCUACUCGCCUGGCGCGCCAUGGUCGCAUGGUCCGUGAACCGCUCCGUGCGACGCGCAGCCAUGAAACACGCCUCCGACAACAAGCGCAUGCUCCGCAACAGCAGGAAAAAGCGCUCAACGCCAUACUCCGCCGUACCGACAGACGUGCACCUUGGCAAAAUGGGUGCCACUCGCUCAAGUCACAAACCCCGCGUUGCAAGCGGCAACAGUGGUCUCUUUUUCUCGCCCACAGCCGGUCCGACCGGCUCUCAUGGUAGUGUGAAUGCCGGUCAUUCUGGGAAUCGCGGGUCGACUUAUCUGCCUGCUGGAUAUUACAAUGCUGCUGGUCAUUCAAACCCCACAGCCGAAGUGUACUCACCUACUGCUGGGCUUUCGUCUCCUUCCUUGCCCUCUGUUGGCGCAUUUAAUGACCCGCAUCGUCAGUCGUAUGCUGGUGCCUCGACUAGCUCCCUCAAUCUGAACCAGGCGCCUCAAGGCCGUGCGCCGAGUGCUUACCUGGAAGAUUUGUUCGAGAAUCAUAACCAGUCUCGUCAUUCUGAUUCGGGCCAGGAUCGCAGAUAA